AUGUCUUCCCCUACUGCGACGACAACCACAACGCCAACCACAACAAACCUCUACGAGGGCGAAACGCUCUCGACAAUCCACAACGCCCCAUGUAUAACAUACUUCCAGCGCGGCGACCCGUCCCGACCCCUCGCCGUCUUCAUCCCCGGCGCCGCGCAUCUCGCCCGCGUCUUCUACGGCGGACACGCAGGCCACGACCCAGCCGACUUCGUGGCGCACUGGUUCCCACGCCUAGGCGGCUACAACUUCCUCGCCGUCUCCUACCCGCUGGAAACGGACCCUGCCACCAUGUCCGUGCCAGCGAGUGCCAAUGGCAGUGCCACCUGUCCCCGUCCCCGUCCCCGUCCUGACAUGACGGUCCGAGAAUGGGGCGCCCAAGCCGUCGAGGCCACGCGUCGAACCAUCCAGCAACAGGGACUGAAAACCAAUAACGUCAUCCUACUCGUCUGGAGCAUGGGCGGCAAGAUCCUUCAGCCCUACGUGCUUGCUGCGAGACAACAGGCUUCCCCGUCCAUCAACAUCCAGUUCGCCGUGUCCUUGGUCGCCACGCCUGCUAUCCGAGGCGUGAGGGAGAAACCUGCUUUGAAGCCCAGCCCCGCGGGAUAUGCGACAGCUGCCGGCUUGUCAGUGAAAUACUUCCUCGUGCAGUUGCAUGAGCAGAACGCGAUCAACGGUGGCAAGGCCAUCAUUCCAGACGACGUCUACCAGCGCGAGUACCUGGGCAAUUUCCCCGUCGGCAUGGGGUGUUACGGCGUACGGUGGUCCGUGAAGCAAAGAACCUUCGUCGAGGAUCCCAAUAUGGGGUACGAAGUUGCUGACGAGAUGUCGUAUUCCGAAUUGCCCUUCCUGUGCUCCAUAUCUUGUCACAGCCCAGCUGACUUGAGACAUUCCAUCGCGGACAAGUACACCUGGGGGUUCAUGUUGACAUACAAGCUCUUUGGCGGUCUUUCACCGGCGGCACGAGUCGCUCUGCACAAGGAUUCAGAAACAGGAAGAAAAGUCAUACAGCUCUUCCACUCGGCACCCGAAAGGUUCUCUGCUGCGGUAGAAGGCGGCCAUCACUUCUUUAUUGGCGAAAGAGGCGCAAAAGUCACAGCAGAACUUGUUCUGGAAUUCGAAAAGCGUCUCGCAGAAUUCCAAAAUGAUCUUGCCGCUAUACAAAUGUAGCUCAAUGAUUGUCCUGCGCUUCACUACGCCGCCCUGAGUCAAGACUCUCUCUGUUCCUCUUGGACGAAUGACCUCGGAAUUGGUCCUUCCAAAGCUACCACUUCUCCAAGACCGUCUCCUGGUUUCAUUAUGAAAAUCGAUUGUUCGAGAUCGAACAUACGCUUGAUGUAGUACAGCCUAAUGCCAACCGUCUCGCAUUGUUUCCACAUAACCCCAAAGUCUUCUCUCGUGGUUUGAGACAGUCCCGACCUCCACGAGUCUGAGGAAGAUUCAAAGCAGUCCUCUUCGCAUAUACACACACACUGAAUAUCCCCGGCUUCGUCAAUGGUUACCUUCCCUAAACUCGCGAGGCGCCACUUUUCUCUCACCAAGCUGUCCACG